UUGGUAACAUUCCAUGCAUGCGUAUUGGAGGAAUUAACCGGCCUAUAAAACUCACUCCCACCACUAUGUGCUCUUAUUCUUGUCACUCCAUGUUUCUACUCCGGCGUUAUCCACAAUCAGAGGAGAAUAUAUUUUUUUACAUUUUUGUGUGAACUGGGUUUGGUCUAAAAGAGGGGAAUUAUGAUCACUCUUUCACCUGUACCCUUUGUGUCUGGGCUGUGUAUAGGAUUUCUGUUUAUUCAAUACUUUGUUUACUUGGACACCAGCACUGCAAAACCAGCUGUUUUCUCACUGGGUUACUCCAGUGGAGUUCAUUAUGACAAAAGGGUUCCAAGACACAUACUCUCAGAUGAGGACAGGAGUGUUGCAGCCAACCUGUCCCAAAAUGUACGACUACUAUGUUGGAUCAUGACUGGGCCUAAGAACCUGGAGUCCAGAACCAAACACAUCCGGGCCACCUGGGGCAAACGAUGCAAAAAAACCCUCUACAUGAGCUCAGAGGAGACAGAAUUCCCCACGGUGGGGCUCAACGUAACUGAGGGACGAGACCAGCUCUACUGGAAGACCAUCAGAGCCUUCCAGUACAUCUACCAACACCACCGCAACGACUACGACUGGGUCCUCAAAGCCGACGAUGACACGUUCGUGGUCAUCGAGAACCUCCGACACACAUUGUCUAAACAGGACCCGGAGAAGCCUGUAUACUUUGGGCGAAGGUUCCACCCGUUCGUCCAGCAGGGUUACAUGAGUGGUGGAGCCGGCUAUGUCCUCAGUAAAGAAGCCGUCAGAAGGUUCAUCAAGGGAUUCGACACAGGGAAAUGUUCCCACUUCUCCAUCAUAGAAGACAUGGCUCUAGGGAAGUGUAUGGAGACUAUGGGUGUGGAGCCGGGGGACUCCAGAGAUGUGAAGGGAAGGCAGACGUUUCAUCCCUACCCACCAGACAUGUACUUGAUCAAAGAGCCGCCCAGAAAACGGCCCUGGUAUCUCUUAUACGACCACUACAAACCAAGAGAGGGCCCAGAAUGUUGUUCAGAUCACAUCGUAUCAUUUCACUACAUCUAUCCUGUAGAGAUGUACACGCUGGAAUACUUCACCUAUCAUCUACGGCCCUAUGGAUACAAGUACAGGUACAACCCUGAUGCUGCAGCAGCUGAAAUUGAGAGUAACACCACCACACCUGUCUCUGCUUAACACAGAGAUAUCACAGACAGACUACUGCACUGAAGAAAGAACUUAUUUCUGUGUCAUGUUUAAAUGCCGAAACAACAGCCUGACAUUGCUCAGCUUACCAAAGAAAGUGGCAAUGAGACUAAGGAAAUGGAACCACUAUCAAAUUCAUUGACAUGGUAGUUUUAAACAUAUUUUGAAGCUAUACAUUGUAUUUGUUGUCUAUGUAAACAAACAUGAACAAUAGAGUUACAGUUUUUUUGUGACAGGGUGAGACAGUUGUACUAAGUUGAGUUCAUUCUGUUGAGAGUUUCACAUUUCCUUCUUUGCUUUUGUUAUACAAUGUAAAAAAAUAUCUAUUUUACAGUCGAGUGUUCAUUUUUUCCAACUUACAGUUAAACAAAGGUUAACAUGAUAUUUUGUUAAAAUGAAAAUAGAAGUAUGUACUUAAUGGGUUCUACAGAUUUAUGGAGGUCUAGUAAAAUAUUAAAUUCAGAUUGAUAGCUAAAGAUGACAUUUUGACAAAGUUCAGUACACAACAGAUCAUUUUAUGUUAUGAGACUCCUGACCUGUGAGAAUCUGUUCAGUUCAGUGUUUUUGGUGUGGAAGUUAAGGUGUCUUUUAAUGGACAAUUAUUUGAAGCAACACAAUGAGUAAAAACAAGGGUGUGAAAAUAUAAAAAAUAUGAACUGGUUGAAUAUUUGUACAGUACAGGGGUGGUUCACAGACUACAUAAAGAACACAAUAGAGAAAUAGAGUAUACAGGUCCUCUGGAGCAUCAGUGUAGCAGUGCUGUCGUUCGCCUGAGCUUUGGUCAAACUGUAACUGAUAUAGAGACUGUGUCCCAAUUCUCCACCCUUAUCCCAAAGUAUGCACUUACAUACUCCACAUCCUUGGGAGAAUUGGGAUGCAGCCAUAGAUAGAUAGGAGGCCAUGUCCUCAGUGCAUCCCUCUGACAUCAACAUUGGGAAAUGUGCAGGCUUUGUAUCCGGCCCAACUCUUUAAACAAAGCACCACUGUCUGUUACAUGCGAGAACUGGUUGUGAGAACUGGUUUUGUAACAUUAUGACGUAAUCUGAACAAGGAAACAGAUCUGAGUCUGCCAUAGACAAAACAUUUAUAGUGGGUGUAUGGAAGUGUGAAGAAAUCCAUGUACAGAUAAGACAAAGAGCAGCAUACUCUCCAGGGCUGUGCCAAGAUACACAGUUUAACAAAGACUGUCAUCAACAUCAAGCUAAUUUCAAGCUAUCAAAU